CGAACGUUAUAACGGAAAGUUUAAUAAUAUUUUCGAAUCUUGUAUCCUUGAGAUAUUCUACAUAAAUUUUCGGCAGCUUUAUCGUGAGUUGAAACAAUCCAAGUGGCCACAAAUGUCGACAGUCUGUGUUGUGAUUACGAAUUGAUAACACGUGCUUUUGAGAAGAUAACGGUUUAGUGUUUCAAUAAUCGUUUUUAUAAUUGCUUUCGUAAUACGAAUGAUAACAAAGUGUUUUAAAAAAUUUAAUAAAUCAAACAAAUUGAAAGAGUUUUGAAGUAAAAUUGUUUUUAAAACAAAACAAAAUAUAAGUGAAAAAGUGGAUCUAGGAUAAUUUUGUAUGACUUAUAAAAGGUUCAGUUUGAUGAAUAAACAUUUUUCACCUGUAUCAUAAUGCUUUAAUAUACCAACCCCUGGAAGGCUCAUCUAACUUAUUUAUACAAACUAUUUAAAAACAACAGCAAAAAACUCAUACAUGAUUACAACACCAACAUCUAUGUCCAUUGAACUUUUUUAAAGAUGAUAAACAACAAUUUGGGAUAUGAAAAGAACAGCAACGAUAACCAUAACAUUAAUCGUUUCAAUGUCAGCGGAAUGGGUGUUGGAUUGGGCGGUGGGAGUGGGCGCAGCAUGAGGGUGGAUUUGAAUUCAAUUACAGACAAUGCAACAACAACAACUACCACGACAUCAUCUCCUGGGGCUCGCAGACGACCCAUUCAUCUCUUCACACAAGCCCACCAAAAUUUAAACUGCAAUGAUAACGAGAAAGUUGUACAGACUCCUAGCUCAGACGAGGAUAAUUCACCAACAGAGUUGAAUAACUGCAAGCGAUUGGGGGACAAACCGCCUUUGGUCAAACGCCUAACAAUGGGCCUCCUUAGAUCUCACGAAGAAAGCCGUCCACUAGUCAAUAACAGUUCAACAACAUCAACCCUCAAAUCCAAGACAAGUACUCAAAUGCUAUCGAAUGGCUAUAUCAACGAUGAAGCAUUUGAGCCAGAAAAGUUUAUAUCGAGUAAAUUUGGGGAUUCAUGUCGACAAUCUCUAACAGCGAUACCAAUGAUGGAUGCAUUGAAUUUAAAUGACAACAGUGAGUUUACACUGAAGAAGAGAUAUCUGCGUGAAACAAGCAGUGCAAAUUCAAGUCCAAAAAUAUUCCCUCAGCGAAUGAGAUUAAAUUCCUACCAUCACAGCAAUCAUCAAUCCGAAGUGACAGCUGAAGAAAUUGAGCUGAAAGAUGCUCCUUGGUUUCAAGCUGGCAUAUCAAGAGAUAUAGCUUUGGAGAUUCUCUCGAGUGAGAGUCCGGGUGCCUUUUUAGUUCGAAAAAGUAGUUCGAAGCCUGGAUGUUAUGCAUUGACGUUGCGUGUUCCAUCACCGCCUGGACCCAAAACUGCCAACUACAUUAUUCUUCGAUCGGCAAGGGGAUACAAAAUUAAAGGUUUUCGAAAAGAAUUCACCUCCCUUAGAGCACUCAUCACACAUCACUCGGUUAUGCCAGAACUCUUACCAGUUCCUUUAGCUAUGCCACGACCUACAAACAUGACAUCGUCUCGACGAAAUCUUGACGACUUUGACACAUACGAUUCCUUGCAAAUGCUUCUGAAGUACCUUCGUGCGAAAAACAUGGAGAACGAAUGAAGGCAACUUAUGGUGAAGUGCACCAGGUCCAAACGAAAGGAUACGCACUUAAACACUCACAUCAGCUAGGCUAAAAGGCUCAAACUGCCGACGUCGAGGCCGUCGCCAUCGCCAUCGCCGCUACCACCAGCCGCCCUCUGCAGCUGUGUCGCCGCAACAAAUUGCACAUCACUAUGCACUAUACUGCCACAUCACGCCGCGAAAAUGGCUUCAGAUUCAAAAAAGACACACAGAUCAAAGCCCAAAUGCGAGAGAACUCAGGACAUACUACAAAAAUGUUACCUCAAUUACGAAAAGGAACUCAAUUUCAGAUU